AUGGAUCUUCUGCCUGAAGUAUGGUACGAGCAGGCCAGCAGCAUCGAAGAUUCGCUCGCCGAAAUUCCGGAGGGGCGGAAACCGCAAGCACGGGCGCAGAUGCAUCCGUGGAAGCUGGCGUGGGAAACUGGCGCUGCUACUGGCGCAGUCGGGAACUCGGGGGAAGGCGCAGGGGCGGGCGGAGGGGGUCAGGCGGAAGACCCGCGCGGGGGCCUGUCAGAGGCGGAGUGGAUGGCGCUGGCGGAGCAGCUGCGGGGGGAAGGAGACGCGCUUCUGAAGGAGGCGGCGGAGGCGUAUGAGCGACGCAAGGAGAGCAGCAGCGAUGCCAGGUGGCUCGCUGCCGUCCGUCGAUCUGGAACGGCCGCGGAUCGUGUGGCCGCGCUUACUGUGGUUAUUCAGGACGACCCUGUAGCGAACCUCGCCAAUCUGGACGCGUUACUGGGUAAGAGCCUGUUAAAAUACGCGUUAUAG